AGUGGAGUUACUUUCACUUUCGUUAUUAUCUUACACAUUUAGUUCAGGAAGAGAGAAACACCCAGGCACCAAGGCACCGUCUCAGCACAAGAAAUCGUUAUCUAAAGCAAGAGGGAUAUGUCUCGAAGAAAAGUGAUCGGAAUAUUCUCCAGAGAAAGUGAAGAAAGCUAUCCUUGGUUAAUUAGCUUUCUCCUAUCUCUGCACGGAGUAAGCGACGUCCGCCAGGUUUACAUCUCCAAUACCAGCCCCCGAAACCUCAACCAUGAGAUCUCCCAAUGCUCAUUCGCCAUUCUGUAUCAUACAAAGAACAGAGGGAGGGUUAACAUCACAGACGUAACGGACUCUCUGUACGACAACGAAUUGGAGGCUCUAUCGAGAAAACUUGGAAGGUCCAAUGUCAUUGUGGUGGCUGACGACAUGGAAGACAGCAGUGAAGUGGAAAAGGCCAGGAUUCUGGAGAAUCAGCCGAAGAUUGGUCGACUGGCUCAGGAUCUGUUCCUCUUCUCCACCGAGGAAAAUAGGAAUCUUUCUGUGGAACCUCAAUACCAAACCUAUCAAAGUGUUUCUUCAGCCAAAAAGAAGGAAAUUAAGAAACUAAUUAACGGUUCCGAUAUCACCUACAAAAGAAAGUGUUGGAAAAUCCUCGCCAUUGUCUUCGGUGCUGUGAUUUUCAUAAUAAUAAUGCUUGUGCUUAUUUUGUACUUCGAACGCAACAGAUGACUUGACUUCAACAAUAGUCUAUUCUACCACAACCAACCGGACCAACACCAGCUACCCAACGAGUACGAUGUCCUUACCAACUUCCACUUUGAAAAUGAUUCUGACAAAUAGCUCCGUUCCCUAACACCAUACUGGGAGGACAGCUUAUUGUAUAAUUACAGCUCAAUGGAUAAUGAGAGUGCUGUCUCACUACAGCUUAUUGUAUAAUUACAGCUCAAUGGAUAAUGAGAGUGCAUUCUCACUACAGCUUAUUGUAUAAUUACAGCUCAAUGUAUGAGAGUGCUGUCUCACUACAGCGUAUUGUAUAAUUACAGCUCAAUGUAUGAGAGUGCUGUCUCACUACAGCUUAUUGCAUCAUUGCAGCUCAAUGUAUGAUGAGAGUACUGUUUCAGUACAACUUAUUGUUUAAUUACAGCUCAAUGUAUGAUGAGAGUACUGUUUCAGUACAACUUAUUGUUUAAUUACAGCUCAAUGUAUGAUGAUUACUGCUUCAUUACAGCUUAUUGUAUUAUUUACAGCAGUUGCAUUACAAAACAGAGGUUUGCAGUAGUAAGUGGCAUCCCCUUUCAAACACAUUGUCACUGAUGUCAAUUUGUCUGAAAAACCGAACUUCAAAAUGCUUUAGGGACGAAUAAAAAAACAACAAAA